AUGGAGUACGAGGUUGUGAGUGUGUUGGUGUUAGCCAUGUUGGUGUGGAUGGGGUGGAUAAUGGGGAUGGAACGUAGGCAACAUGGUCAGCUUCCACCAGGACCAAGAUGUUGGCCAGUGGUUGGGAACAUUUUCCAACUAGGCAGGUCACCACACGAGUCCUUUACAAAGCUGGCCCAUAAACACGGUCCAAUCAUGACCAUAUGGCUAGGGUCCAUGUGCACAGUGGUUAUCUCAUCGAGCCAAGUGGCUCGUGAGAUGUUCAAAAGACAUGACGUGGUUCUUGCAGGGAGGAAGAUUUAUGAGGCCAUGAGAGGGGACCAUGGGAGUGAGGGCUCCCUCGUAACUUCUCAGUACAACUCUCACUGGCGCAUGCUCAAGCGCUUGUGCACCACUGAGUUCUUUGUUACAAGUCGCUUAGAUGCCAUGCGGGGUGUGCGUGCAAAAUGUAUACACCGCAUGUUGCAUUUGAUAGAACAAGCUGGUGAAUCUGGCACACGUGCUGUUGAUGUUGGGAGGUUCUUUUUCUUGAUGGAUUUUAACCUUAUUGGGAACCUUAUAUUCUCAAAGGACUUGUUGGACUCUGAAAUGGAGAGAGGGGACAAAUUUUAUUACCAUGCACUUAAGGUUAUGGAGUAUGCUGGGAAGCCCAAUGUGGCAGACUUUUUGCCAAUUCUGAAGUGGUUUGACCCUCAGGGAAUAAGGAGGAAGACGCAAUUCCACGUCAACCAAGCCUUUGACAUUGCAGGGUCGUUCAUCAAAGAAAGGAUGGAAAACGGCCACGGUGGGUCAAAGAAAAGCAAUGAUUACUUGGAUGUUUUGUUGGCCUAUCGUGGGGAUGGUAUCACUGAGCCUUACACCUUUUCUUCGAGAACUAUUAAUGUCAUUAUCUUUGAAAUGUUUACUGCAGGGACAGACACAACGACAAGCACAAUCGAAUGGGCAAUGACAGAACUUCUGCACAACCCAAGAACAUUAAAGAAAGUGCAAAUGGAGUUGAGGAACAAAAUAGGGAGGGAUAGGAAUAUGGAAGAAACGGACAUAGAGAAUCUUCCCUACCUCCAAGCAGUCAUCAAGGAGACACUGAGACUUCACCCACCUCUUCCUCUUAUGGUUCCUCAUAUGGCCAUGGAGUCUUGCAACAUGCUUGGCUACAAUAUUCCCAAAGAGUCACAGAUUUUGGUGAAUGUUUGGGCAAUAGGGAGGGACUGCACAGUGUGGGAUGCUCCCUUGCUGUUCUGGCCUGAAAGAUUUCUGGAGCCAAACCCGUUGGUGGAUUACAAAGGACGUCAUUUUGAGUUUAUACCCUUUGGUUCGGGUCGAAGAAUGUGCCCAGCCAUGCCACUUGCCUCUCGUGUGCUUCCAUUGGCAUUAGGCUCCCUCUUGCACUCCUUCGAUUGGGUUUUGCCAGAUGGCCUCAAACCAGAGGAGAUGGACAUGACUGAGGGACUGGGAAUAACACUAAGGAAAGCCAUUCCUUUGAAAGUCAUACCAGUGCCUUAUAGAGGAGCUACUAUUGAAAAUGCAUAA